AUGGAGACGUUGGUGGAUGGGACGACAGUUCAGAACCCGCUGUUCGGCAUGUCUCUGAGUAGGAACCAACUGUACAGCUUCCAGACUGAUGAUGUGAGGCCAGUUAAAGCCAGACGACAGUGGUGUUUAAGCGUGGUGUGUGUCUACAUCUUCUUGCUGUCGGCACUUAACGCCUUCCUGGUUUAUAAAGUUUUUACCAUGGAGACCUCUCUAACUGCGUCCACACCAGCGCGGCUGGUCUCGGAUCUCCAGAGUGUCAUCAACAACAGCAGCCACCUCUGGAGCCUGCAGAGCCAGAUGAAGAGCAUGUAUGGGGAGAACGGCCAGCUGGAGCAGCUGAGAAAAAACGUGAACCUGCUUAACAGCAGCAACCAGAACCUGGAGAGGAAGAUGAGCAGCAUGAACCUGGCGGCAGGUCCCCCGGGUAGAACCGGGCUGCCUGGACAACCAGGAGCACCAGGAGAGAAAGGACCCAAAGGUGACUCUGGGACCGCUGGACCUCCAGGACUCCGGGGACAACCAGGACUCCGGGGAGAACCAGGAGCAGCUGGAGGGCUUGGUCUUAGGGGUCCACCAGGAAAUUCAGGACCAACAGGUGCCAAAGGAGAGAGGGGGAGCUCCGGGAUCCCAGGCCCCCAAGGUCCAAAAGGAGACAUCGGCAUCCGUGGACAGAAAGGUGACACAGGGACUGCUGGAGCUCCAGGACUGAGAGGACAACCAGGAGCAGCUGGCGGACCUGGUGAGCUUCAUCAUGAUCCCGUACCCAAUGAGUUUCUGAAAAAAGACUUAAAGGAGCAUGAGGUACACCAGGAAAUCAAGGACCUCAAGGUCCAAAGGGGGGGAGAGGAGCCUCUGGGGUCACAGGCUCUCAAGGACAAAAAGGAGACACUGGGCUUCCUGGUCAGAAAGGUUCCUCAUGUGUCUACAUGGGUGCUGCUGUCAGAUUCCUGA